UCAACCAUAAUAUCAAAGUUGAUGCGAUCUAAUGGUGGAUUUGGUUGCGACGCGGAUUCUACUUGUAGGCGAUCCUGGAGUUGUCGAUCGUCUUUCUAAAGGGGAUCUUUGGGACAGGCUAAACGCAGUCGUGAGUAGCAGUAACUAUAUAUUAAAAUGUGGGGGUUUUUUAGAAUCUAGAAACAGUCACUUUUCGAUUGAUGAUAUUGAUCUUCAUUUCACAUGCUUGGAGUACCCCUUUAUCCUAUCUUAAUUUUCAACACCCACAUCUGUCAUUGCAUCGUAGAUUAUGCGUGCAGACAUGGUCAUUAUGUCAGUCCAAGCUCAACAAGGAAAUGAAUACCUCGCUAUACCUUGGGAAAGAUUUAUAUUGACUUAUUGCCCGUUAAACUGUUAAAGAAAUGCAAUGGUAAAGGCUACUUGCAUUUUCUCAAAGGUUCUACUUAUGCCUGCAGGCCAUGGCCCCACCACCAACCACCCCCCACCCGAAUUGAAGUUUUAUCGUGCGAACGUUCACUGUUAAAGUCAUGACAUUGAUGGUAGCAUUUAAUGAAGUAAAAGAACAAAUUUAUUGUUAAAAUGGAGAGAUCAUCAUUUCCAGAUAGGCCACAAUCACUGGGACGACAAAUUCGCACAUCGGAUACCCAGCCAAUAUUUUCGGAGAAUGCCCUUAUAUUUCUUGCCUAUAUUUUACUCUUUGUUACAUUUCCCCUUACCAUAUGGUUUUGUCUAGAAACAGUGGCACACUAUCAAAGAAUUGUAAUAUUUCGCUUGGGACGUUUGAGAAAGGGUGGUGUUGCUGGUCCCGGUCUCGUUUUUAUACUUCCCUGUGUUGAUGAGUUUGUCAAAGUGGAUUUGCGUACACAAUCUUUCGAUGUACAUCCCCAAGAGGUUUUGACUCGUGACUCUGUUACCAUACAAGUUGAUGCUGUGGUCUACUACAGUGUACGAAAUCCUUUGGAUGCUGUAAUACAAAUUAGAAAUGUACAUGAGUCGACCAAACUACUGGCCCAGACUACGCUUAGAAAUGUUGUGGGUACCAAGAAUUUAAUGGAACUUUUGACUGCCAAAGAGUCCUUGUCGCGUACAAUUGGAGGUAUUCUAGAUGAAGCAACUGAUCCAUGGGGUGUCAAAGUGGAAAGAGUGGAAAUUAAAGAUGUCCGCCUUCCCAUAGCUAUGCAAAGAGCCAUGGCCGCUGAGGCAGAAGCACUGCGGGAAGCUAAAGCCAAAAUUGUAGCAGCAGAGGGAGAGUUAAAUGCCUCGAAGGCUUUAAAACAAGCCUCUGAUGUUAUGUCCACAAAUCCCAUAACUUUACAGCUUCGCUAUUUACAAACUUUGAAUACCAUUUCGAAUGAAAAUAAUCACACUAUCAUUUUUCCGCUACCCACUAAGAUGAUAAGGAAGAUAAUUACAAAUUGUUCAAAAGCAAUGGAAAAGGCAAAUUGUUGCAAUGAUCCCAAUUCUUGUACCCUCACAUCAGUGUCCAAUAAAAAGAUUCAAACAAACCCCGAAAAACAAGACACUGGAGUUUAAAAUUGAAAUGCCUUGUAUAACAAAAUCGUUUAUUCAAAAAGUCUGUCUUCUAUAUAAUCAACAAUCAAACAAAUUUAAGAAAAUUUUAUGAUAAAUUUCAAUGCCACGCACAAAGACUUCAGCCUUGAGGAAUUCAUUGUUGUCAUGUAACAAAACCGGGGUAUUAUUCAUAGGAGAGAAACCAAUCGAGGGUAUGCCAAUGGCACGCAAGAAUUGACUAUCAGUGCCGCCAGCAGACAUGAGUAUCCAGUUUAAGAUCCCUAAACAAGAACGAAACAUAAAUUUUGGGCAGUGAAGUGAUGACUUGUCCCCACACCAGGGUGCCCAGACCAAAGAAUAUGCACCACAACCAUUGAUCGAGGGAGAGAGCUUUUGUGGAGAAGGCCAUUUUGCCAAAUUGCACAAUAACGACCUAGAAAUGAGUAAAGAGAAAACAGUUAAUAAUAGAAAAAAAAAACAAAUUUUAAGAGUCGCUAUCCCUCUCUACGUUUUUCCAUGCAAAUCAGUUCUUUGUUUGGUUGGUGUUACCAACCCUGUUGGUUUUCAACCUACCUGUGAUACAACGGUGGCAAUCCAAAUGCUAUAGAAGAUGGGAUUAGUAAAGAAUCCUUCGAGGACAUUACGCUGUCCAUGGAUUUUGCGAGCAUUGAUUUCAUUAAACAAAGUCAUCAUGACAAAUGUAUUAAAAAUAAUGGUGAAAUGUUGUGUGGGACCAGCCGACAAGGGUUGGCCACGACCCGAUUCAAUAUCCAAAAUCCAAUCACC